AUGUCUUUAGGCCAUAAGAAAGUUAUAAUAAUUGGUGGUGGUAUUUCAGGUAUAAAAUCAGCAAUAGAUUUAUACAAUGGUGGUAUUGAAGAUACUUUGAUUCUUGAGAGCAGAUCAAGUUUGGGAGGGAGACUAUAUACUAUAACUUCGAAUGGUAAUUAUUAUGAUUUCGGUGCUUCUUGGUUUCAUGACUCCUUAACAAAUCCAUUAUUUACUAAGGCUUUAAAAUUGGAAAAUAUUGAUUACUAUUACGACGAUGGGAAAUGUCAAUAUCUAAAUUCGACGAAUAAAGAUAUACCAAUUUGGAAAUUUGACAGUGUAGUUGACGAAAUUAUGACUUAUUUUAGUUUGACUUACUUAAAUAAUGCUGAUAAACCAGAUAUUUCAUUGAAAGAUUUAACCUAUGAAUAUAUCGAGAAAUUUAAGAAGAGAUUGACCAUCGAUCAACAAAACUGUUGUGUUGAAGUUGUUCGUAUGUGGGCUGAAUUAUGGCAUGGUGAAUAUUGGGGAAAUUUGAGUGGUAAAUACUGUUUUGCAGAUGCCGAACAUCAAGGUAGAAAUGUAUUUGUUUUAAAUGGGUAUACGAAAGUGUUUGAAAAUGAAUUGAAUGAAUUACCUAAAACCUACCAAAAGAAUAAUAUCAAAUUAAACACUCAUGUUUCUAGAAUUGACUACUCUGGUAGAUUAAUCGAAGUCACAACUAGAUGCGGUCAAGUAUAUACCUGUGAUUAUUUAAUUUCAACAAUUCCACAAACAUUACUCAAGAUCACAGACACUUCAGAUUCAUAUUAUAUUGAAUGGAAACCAGAAAUACCUAAACCAAUAAAAGAGGUUUUAACUUAUUGUAAUUAUGGUUCCCUAGGUAAAGUUGUAUUUGAAUUUGAUUUCUGUUUUUGGUCAAAUGAUGUUGAAAGAUUUUAUAUAUUAGCAGAUUCAAAUUAUUCAUACCCUACAUUGUUUAUAAAUUAUCAAGCAUUAUGUCAAAAGCCAUCUAUUAUAGCAUUAACUCAAAGCCCAUUAUCUAAAGAGAUUGAAACAAUGACAAAAGAUGACAUUUGGAGACUUUUCAAGCCUAAAUUUGAACAAAUAGCAACUAGUAAAGUACAAUCACCAAAAAAUAUUUUUAAUACUGAAUGGAAUCGAGAUGAAUUUAUCAGAGGUGCUUAUGGUACUUCAUUAAUCAACACAAUUAAUCCAAGUGCAGUUAUACAAGCUUUCACAAAUGGGUUUGGAAAAAUUAGAUUUGCAGGUGCUGAAACUAUAGAUGGGAGUAGUAAUGGAUGUGCUCAUGGGGGCUGGUUAUCUGGAGCAAGAGAAGCUGAAUAUAUCUUAAAUAGAGAAGCUAGGUCAAAAAUGUAA